AUCGUAUCAUUGGAUAGGCCUGCAAAAAGUUCACCCUUGGGAUAUUUUCGCAAACGGAAACUGUUAGUCGAGGCAGCGCGAGGAUUUUUUUGCGAGGGCUGAGUGACCUUUUGCAGCCGGUGUUCCGUGUUAAUGAGACGGCUCGCGGCACAAUGCGCUGCCAUUAUUUCAUAAUUACUGGCCUGUGCUGGAUAUUCCUGGCGGUGUCGUACAUCCAUGCCGCCGGGGCCAACCAGACCCCGGCCAAGGACCUGUACUGGCCGGCGGAGCUGAGCAGUAAGCUGUCGCCGGAGGAUGUCAAGACCUUUAUGCACUUUGCCACCUUCCUCCAGAACUCCAAUAUCCUCCAGCUCGAGGCCAAACUAGGAGAGCAGGAUAUUGACCUGUACAAAAGCCUGAAGGCCUUCUACGGCUCCAAGGUGGGCGAGUACGGGCGCACCCUGACGAAGAUCUGGGUGAAGUUCGACCGCGAGCAGCGACAGCGCAGCCAGCCGGAGAUGUUCAAGAACCUCGACGCCCUCAAGAUCCCCGACGACUUCAAAGGAUCCUUUAAGGACAUGUUCGUCCACAUGGGCAACCUGCACGACAUCCUGGUGGAGGCCCAGCAGCCGGUGCCGCACUUCCGGCCCUUCCGCACCACCACCACGACGGAGCCGCCCACCACCACGUCCACCACGACCACCACCACUACGACAACCACGACAACGACGACCACCACCUCCACGACCCCAACGACGACCCUGGAGACCCUCCCGCCGGGUCCCGAGGAUGACGCAGACGUCACGGACCCGCCCGGGGACCCCGCCACGGACCAGCCGGACGCCGAGGAGCCGCUGGAGGCCGCGGCGCCGCGCAGUCGUUUGAACGGCAAGAACACCAUCUCACCGGCAAAUACGACCACCGCGGCGUCGGCCUCCGGCUAGGACCACUCUAUACUGACCGAGAAGCCUUCUUUUGAUUCCGGAACAAAAUGUUAUAUGAAUUACCGUACUUUGCACAGAAUGCCAUCUGAAUAAUAAACGAUUGAGUGAAUUGAUAUGUUUAUGUAAACCGAGACGUUUUCGAAACAACUAGCCGAAUAAAGCA